CGCAGCGGGAGCCCGUGCAGGGCGGGCGCGGGGCGGCGGCGGCGGCCGUCCAUGCGGCGUGCUCGGGGCUGCCCGGCGCCGGGAAGCACGCGGGGGCGAGGCGAGGCGGCCGCCGGCCGAUCCGGGACGCGGACCGCCAGGACUGAAAACAAAGGUAAACCACAUCAGUGUUAAUGACCAUGAAAAUGAUGCAAUUCGUAUUGAAAUCCUUAACUCAUCUGUGCUGAUUACCAAUUCCUCCAGGAUUGUGUGGCCGUCACAACAGUGUAAUUGGAGAACAUUUUUGUCACCCCCGGAGGAAACCUCGUACCUCCCGUUAGCCCCUCCCCACCUUCCUGACCCCGGCAACCACUAAGGAGCUGGACACCACUCCCAUCUGCGGAAAAUUGGUAACAUCUUAGAGGAGCCCUUGCUUCUUCCCGGACGCCCAGCAUCAUGGUUUCUCAUUUCAUGGGGUCUCUCAGCGUCCUGGGUUCCCUCCUGCUGCUUGGACUCCAGCUCGUCUGCUCACAGCCCUCCAAUGAACACAGAAAGGUCCCCCAGCGGAUGGCGGCGGCCCAGGGCGUCCCCGAGGACGGCGGCGGCGGCGCCCCGGGCGUGUGGGGCGCCUGGGGGCCCUGGUCCGCCUGCUCGCGCAGCUGCAGCGGCGGCGUGAUGGAGCAGACGCGGCCCUGCCUGCCCGGCUCGUACCGCGCGCGCGGCGCCCUGCGGCCCCGAGCGCCCCCGCGCGCCUUCGCGGGCCACGUGGUGUCGGCCGUGCGCACGUCGGUGCCGCUGCACCGGAGCCGCGACCGCGAGGAGCCGCACGCGCCCGCCGGCCCCGACGCCAGCCGCCAGGGCCCGGGGCCGCGCGGCAGCCGGCACCCGCAGGCGCGGGGCCGCGACCCCACGGCGGAAAGCAGGAGCAGGACCCGUGGUCCCAUCGGCCCUGGCAAGUAUGGCUACGGGAAGGCCCCGUACAUCUUACCACUGCAGACGGACUCCGCACACUUGCCGCAGAGGCUUCGGAGGCAGAGGCCCCCGUCCCGGCAUUCCAGGGCCCAGGUGGCAUCCGGUCCUAGCCACGGCUACGGCCCGCCCGCCCACCGGGCUCCCCAGCAAGGGCCUCUGUACCAGAGUGACGGUGGCCCUCGUUCUGGACUGCAGACCUCCGAGGCCUCCCUCUACCAGCGGCCCUUGACCCACGACCAAGGCUUUCCCGCAGCUUCCAGUCUCUUCCAGGGCCCGGAACCCAGCAGCAACCACGGCAUGGGGGCCCCCAGGGCAGCUCAGAGCUUCUCGCAGCCCGCCCGGUCCGCAGCCAUCUCCUGCGUUGGAGCCUAUCGGCAGUACAAGCUAUGCAACACCAACGUGUGUCCAGAAAGCAGUAGAAGCAUCCGGGAGGUCCAGUGCGCAUCCUACAACAACAAGCCGUUCAUGGGCCGCUUCUAUGAAUGGGAACCAUUUGCAGAAGUAAAGGGCAACCGGAAGUGUGAGUUGAACUGCCAGGCAAUGGGCUACCGCUUCUAUGUCCGGCAAGCUGAGAAGGUCAUUGAUGGUACCCCCUGUGACCAGAAUGGCACGGCCAUCUGCGUGUCUGGGCAGUGCAAGAGCAUUGGCUGUGACGACUACCUGGGCUCGGACAAAGUGGUGGACAAGUGCGGGGUGUGCGGAGGCGACAACACGGGCUGUCAGGUUGUGUCAGGCGUGUUCAAGCACGCCCUCACCAGCCUGGGCUACCACCGAGUGGUCGAGAUUCCCCAAGGAGCCACCAAAAUCAACAUCACCGAGAUGCACAAGAGCAACAACUAUUUGGCUUUGCGAAGUCGUUCUGGCCGCUCCAUCAUCAACGGGAACUGGGCAAUUGACCGGCCUGGAAAAUACGAGGGCGGAGGGACCAUGUUCACCUACAAGCGUCCAAAUGAGAUUUCGAGCACCGCUGGAGAAUCCUUUUUGGCUGAAGGCCCCACGAAUGAGAUCUUGGAUGUCUAUAUGAUACACCAGCAGCCCAACCCAGGAGUCCACUAUGAGUACGUCAUCAUGGGGACCAACGCCAUCAGCCCACAGGUGCCUCCUCACAGGAGACCAGGGGAGCCCUUCAAUGGCCAGCUGGGAACAGAUGGGAGGAGCCAGGAGGAGGGAGAAGAGAAAGAAGAGGCCGAGGAGAAGGAAGAUGUGCACGGUGGGGCCCCCGAAGUAUUCACCUCGGAAUCGGCACAGACCUUCCCAGUCAGGCAUCCGGAUGGAUUUUCUUCCCAUCGACCAGACAACGUGGUGCCGGCAGCCCCGCAGCCCCCGCGGCGAAGCCGGGACCACAACUGGAAGCAGCUGGGGACCACAGAAUGCUCCACAAGUUGUGGGAAAGGAUCGCAGUUCCCUAUUUUUCGCUGUGUGCACCGAAACACCCAUGAAGAGGUGCCCGAGAGCUACUGCGACUCCAGUAUGAAGCCCACCCCCGAGGAGGAGCCCUGCAACCUCUUCCCUUGCCCAGCCUUCUGGGACAUCGGAGAGUGGUCCGAGUGCAGCAAAACGUGCGGCCUGGGCAUGCAGCACCGUCAGGUCCUGUGCCGCCAGGUGUACGCCAACCGCAGCCUGACGGUGCAGCCCUUCCGCUGCCGGCACCUGGAGAAGCCCGAGACCACCAGCACCUGCCAGCUCAAGAUCUGCAGCGAGUGGCAGAUCCGCACAGACUGGACCUCGUGCUCAGUGCCCUGCGGGGUGGGACAGAGGACCCGAGACGUGAAGUGUGUGAGCAACAUCGGGGACGUGGUCGACGAUGAAGAAUGCAACAUGAAGCUCCGGCCGAACGACAUUGAGAACUGCGACAUGGGGCCCUGUGCCAAGAGCUGGUUCCUCACCGAGUGGAGUGAAAGGUGCUCAGCAGAGUGUGGGGCUGGAGUGCGGACACGCUCGGUGGUGUGCAUGACCAACCACAUCAGCAGCCUGCCGCUGGAGGGCUGUGGGAACAACCGGCCCGCGGAGGCCACCCCGUGUGACAAUGGGCCCUGCACGGGCAAGGUGGAGUGGUUUGCAGGGAGCUGGAGUCAGUGUUCCAUCGAGUGUGGGAGUGGGACGCAACAGAGGGAGGUGAUUUGUGUUAGGAAGAAUGCAGACACCUUUGAAGUGCUGGACCCCUAUGAAUGUUCCUUCCUGGAGAGACCCCCCAGCCAGCAAGCAUGCCACCUCAAGCCUUGCGGGGCCAAAUGGUUUAACACAGAAUGGAGCAUGUGUUCCAAGAGCUGCCAGGGCGGCUUCCGGGUCCGCGAAGUGCGCUGCCUGUCAGAUGACAUGACCCUAAGCAAUCUCUGUGACCCUCAGUUGAAACCAGAAGAGAAAGAAUCUUGUAACCCUCAGGACUGUGUCCCUGAAGUUGAUGAAAACUGCAAGGACAGGUACUACAACUGCAACGUGGUGGUGCAGGCGCGACUCUGCGUCUACAAUUACUACAAGACCGCCUGCUGCGCGUCCUGCACUCGCGGGGCCAGCAGGCACGCGGGCUUCCUGGGCAGCAGAUAACACCCCCGCGCCGCAGCAGGAGGGCAGGUCCGGGAGGCGGGGAGCAGGGGGGCUGGCCGGCCGCUGCUCCGCCGGGGGCUCCCCCCUCCCCCCUCCCCCCGUGCUGCCAGCCGGCGUAGUCACCACCCCCGCCUUCGGGGAAGCGUCCCCGUGGUGCCCCGGAGCCAAGCCACGUCGUCCUUUAGCAUCGCCAUAAACCCAUGAUCCCUCCUUGGGAGCCCUGGCGCCUGGUGAGGUGCUCUCUGAAAGCCAAGCGGUGGGGAGGGGGGUGCUCGUAGCUCUCCGUCAGCUCCCGUGCUAGCACUUUCUAAGUCAGCGAGUCGGGCCCUCAUGCGCGGCUGCCUUGUCCAUGGUGCUUCUGGCCUUUUCAAUACCGGGGUCCCUCGGAGAGUCGGAAGAGGUGGCUCCCACCCCAGAGCCCCACUAAGCCUUGCUGAGACACCUGCUUCCCACUGUUGUCUCAGCCCGUGGUGCCUAUUUGCAUACACUCAAAGACAUGAGGCUUUUUCCUGCCUCGUGACACAAGUAUCUCCUGUCAAAGAGGGCGUGAUUAUUUCGCAGGUGUAUUCACAGAUACUAGAUCAGUGGCGGCGCACAAAGUCCCGGAAUGGGAGGCAGGGACUGAAUCAUUAUCCCCAUUUUACUGACAAGGCAACUGAGACUCAACUUAAGGAAUUGACCUGCCGGGUAUAUUCACCUGUUCGGUGGCAGAGUUGAGUCCGACCACACAGCUCGCCUGCCUGGAAGCCUUAGGUCUACAAGAUGCAGCUUCAUUUCAGACCAAGCGACUGAGAAAUUUCCCACUCAGCAAUCAAAGCCCAGCUCUAGAAGUCUUUCCUCUGGCCAGAGGUCAAGACAGCAUCCGCGGCACUCAGUUGUUUCCCACAUCUCUUUCUGUUUAUCUCUUCCCCGACAAGGUCCCAGAUCCUGGUUACAGGACUCUGUGCAGGUUUUGUUAAACCCCAUCCUUAAUGGAAUUACCCCUGACACAAGGAAGCCACUGGGGUAGCAAGGUGAUGCCUGAAAUUCUGAUUCCGUUCCCAAGGGGAUAUGUGCCCCCCAGGGAACUGCACACCAGGAGUUCUCCAGCCAUGGUGCCUCUCGAGUCUGUGCCCUGGGCUCUCCCACGUCCGUAGCCACCUACCCUGGGCUGGUCACCACACCUCACCCGGUGGAAUGUCUAACCAACCGGUCUCAGCAUAAAACCUGUGUUUAUAUUAGAAAGAGUCUUCCUUUGGUUUUUCCAGUAUGAUUUAUGGAUUUGUUUGUGAUUUCUCAUCCCUCCCUCCCACUACGACUCACAACCUAUAUCCCACCAUCCCAGACUCGAGCACUAAGAUCUGCAUUCAUGCCACUAGCCAGGGAGAGAGAGAGAGGGGCCAUGGGCUCCUUCAGUGACAGCCACAGCGGCUGGGUCGUCCCCAGUGCCCUUCACCUAACUCUGCAUUUCCAGAGGCCUCAGGCUGCAAGGGGGAUGCAGUGCGUAUUGAAAGGUAAACGAUCUGAGAAGUCAAUUAAAAUGAAAGAAUAUGUGUGUGCGUGUGUGUAUACACACGCACGCACACACAUAUAUAUACAGACAGUUGACCCCUGAGCAAUGUGGGGGUUCAGGGUGCCAACCACCCCCUGCAGAGUUGAAAAUCCAUGUAUAACUUUUGAUUCCCCAAAAAGGUCCUAACAGCCUGCUAUUGACUGGAAGCCUUACCAAGGACAUAAUCAAUCAACACAUAUUUUUAUAUAUCAUAUGCAUUAUAUACUAUAUUCUUACAAUAAAGUAAGCUAGAGAAAAGAAAAUGUCAUUAAGAAAAUCACAAGGAAAAGAAAAUACAUUUACAGUGCAAGAAAAAAAAAUCUCUGUAUAAGUGGACCCAUGCAGUUCAAACCCACGUCGUUCAAUUUGAUGAUCACUUGAAGCUUUUGGAAGGAGUAGCUCCAGCCCGAUCUGACCCGCUGUGUUCGGUCCUCGCUACCCUUGGGCUUUCAGAAAUUCUAUCUGGCCUUUCCAUGGGUGCUCUUGAAGCUGGAGAGCUAGGUUCUUGUCUCACGGAGUCGAAGAAUGAAUCUCUCAGACAAAGGGGAAUGAGUAAAGCGAUAGAGUUCUAUUAAGCAAGGAUACAGAUAAAGCUCUGUGAGUGAGAGGGGUCCCGCCAGGGUUGUCAACGUGGGCCUCCACUGACAGUCUUUUGUUUAAAACUGACCAGGGAGCUUGUGGCCUUAUCAUUCUUGAGACGUCUUGGUUUGCGUAAGGACUUAGUGAUAACAUCUUUAAUGGCUUACUUCUUGUUUAGGGUCUGGUUAUUCUUCGUUGGUCACAGGUGACUGUCAUAAAAAAAGAGCCCCCACCCCCACCCCGGACACCCAGGGCAGGGCAGUCUGGUGUGUUCCCUUAUCUCUGGUUUCCUUACACCUCUGCAUUUUGGGGAUUUCUGUGAGCCUGAUUCCGUAGCCCACUACCUAUCUCUCCCUACCUAGCUCCUCCUGUCCCUUACUCGUUCUUCUCUUCUUGGAGAGCCCAGCCACCAUUCUGCAAAAGUACAGCCAUCUCUACUUCUUUGUACACAGGGUCACUUGUGCAAUAUGGCAGCCGGCAGAGACCCGCAUUCCCAUGCCCACCAAGCAAAAAAAAAAAGACCAGAGAAGCCAAACGGCUGGUUUCUGCCCUGUGCCCUCUCCCUCUCACCACCUACUUUUGCUUUUUGUCACAAUAGAAGCGUUGCCACAUUUGAAGGAUUCCUUGGAGGAAGCUUUCUUUACGUGCUAGAGGGGGGACGAAGAUCAGUGGGUGGGAGAGCAGAGAAACACAAAUUUCAGCUCACACUGAGGGAAAACCUUCAAGCCAUCCAGCCUGCCCAGUAGAGGUCUGGGCCACCCUUCCUGGGUGACGCUCUGUCCUAAAGGGGGUUUCUUCAUCAAGCAGGAGGUGAACAUCCUAGGUCCUUCCAACUCGGGUUUCUCAUGACUGGCUGGCUCAAUACUGGCUUGGCCUCUUUGACAUCUCUUUGGUGUCCUGUGGCCCCCAAAUAUUACCUAACAGUUGUUUAAAAAGGACAGGGAUCUUCCCAUGAGAAUGGCCAUCCUGCCAAUGGCAGAACUGAAUCAGAGCAAAAGGGCUAGUGCCGCGUCUUUAGUGGGGAAAAGUACCCAAACUAAGGGUCUUUUUUCUCUUCCAACAAAUAGUUGAGCUGUUCUUGGAAUCCAUUCAUCUCUGGAAAGGUUAUAAAUUACUAGGACAGGUGUUUUAAUGACUUAUUUGUCUUCAAAAUCCAGUUUUUGCUAAUUUCCUGGUUUCUUAUGCCAACAUCUAAAUGCCUUUGUCCUUCACACAACACUUCUGAGAAGGUCCCUCAGUGUUUCCAGUGAUAAAGUUCCUGGAGAGGGUUGGAGGAAAGCUCACCUUCUGACAACUCUCUCCACAGAGAUGCCUCUUUCUCCCUUCCUUGGCACCCCCUUAUCUCACCCUUUCUUUGUCAUGAUCUGCCACCUCCUUCUCAGCCCCCCUCCAUGUUCCCUUAACAGGCCACUUGCAGAGUUGAAAGUUACAUUUUAAUGCUGUUUUUCUUUUUUCUGUGUCCUGGAUUGCCUCAUUGCCUGCUCUGGGUUUAAAAAUUAGAUGAACUGAAGGUGUUACCUGUUUUUUCAGAAAAGUCAACAAAGCUCCAACAGAAAGAGCUGGCUGUUCUACUUUCGCUUAUUGGAAAAAGAAAGUGUGCCCCUUGCAGCCCAGGCAAAGGUCAUUCAGUGCGCUCCAGCCUCCCACCCUCGCUGGGACUCGCAUAUUCCCCCAGAGGAAGGGAAUAGCCUAAGACACAGUAAAGAAAGCUUGUAACCCUGGCCACUAGAUGGAGCCGGGAGUCCUCUGAGUACAUUAACGGUGCAUCUGCAGGCAGAGAGAAAUCCAGAUAAUACUAGUACCUUCUUAAACCUUCUUGGUUCUCUCUCGUGUUUAAGACAGCCAUUUUAGAAUUUGCAUAUUGAUUUCCUAAUGUAGAAGGCAUAAAUAUAAGUGGCAAAAAAGAAACAUGGCUUUCCUUAAAACAGGCUGAAAAAUCAAACCUGGAAGAACCUAUCUCAGCCUGGCAGCUGGAGGCCAACAUCUGACACUUACCAUAUAAAACGUCUUUACUGUGGCUCUGAUGGGAAGUUGGACACCUUACUGAUGAAAGUAGUGGAUGACAUGAAAGUGGUGACAGUGACAGGUUCAGGAUCCAAAGAGAUCAGGGAGACUAGACCAAAACCUGGAUCUUAGGAAUUCACCAGGAAGCAACAUGCGUCUACCUUUGGAAUUAAAACAAAAACAAAAACAAAACUAUACAAAUACGGGGUGGAGGAGAUACAAGAGUUUCGGUUGACUAAGCUCAAUGUGAGUCAAGGAAGUGGGAUGGAAGCACUCCCUCCAAACCGCGCACAGACACACACAUAUGCACACACACACACAAAAUGAGGCACUUAGACUACCUAAGGAGAAAACAUUGGGGCGAGUCCUGCCACACUGUGGUUGUGAGUGCCAGAACCACACCUGAAGAGUAUCGAUGGUGUGUAGCAUUCAGGUGAGCAUGCCCAACCCUGAGGAGGGGUGCAGUCAGUUAGAAACGGUGGAGAGGACUUCAUGAGAACGUUUAGCCUGGAGAAGAAGAGGUGGGGGGCAGCACUCUGAGAUGGCCUAGCACUAUGAGAGCAACCCUAAGGCCAGGAGGUAAAAGCUACAGGGAGACAGACUUUAGCUCCUACAGAAGAACAGACUUUCCACAAGUGAGAGCCCCCCAAAGGUAGAGGGCUCUCCCAUCACUGGAGGUCUCAGCAGAGGCCCAAUGGCCAUUUGACAGGGGUGCUGGAGAAGGGAGUCAAGCGCCUAGCUGGGGCAAUAUGACUUCUAAGGUCCUUCUGAGUCUAGGCUUUGGUGACUCUGUCAGUAGAACAGCUUUGAGUGAUUUGCCUCGUCUGGGCUACUUCCCAUUUCUGUGUCCGCCAUUUUGAUCCCAGUGUUGCACCCCUCACCGGAGCUGAAUGUGGCCUCAUAUCUCAGAACCACUAGCAACUUGGUCAGAGCUGCCCUGUCGGGUCCUGCUUUUUAGAUGAGUAACCCAACAUCCCGAUGGCUAGUCCCCUGACCAAGGUCACACACUUUAAUGGGUAGUACCUUGACUAGACUAAGACCCUCUAAAUACCUUCUUUCUUUCUCAACUCACUUGCUUUGCUGCACCUUUACUGGAGCAAAAUCAUUCUCUCCACCCCGAGCCAUCCCAUACUCCUAGUUCUGUUCGGUGGGUAACAGAGUUCCAUUGAUGUGCUGAAGAAAAGUGCCCAAGAGAGAGUGGAAACUUCCAGCCAAGUUUCUUGGCAUCUUCCUCUGCCUCGGUGAGAGAAAAGCCGUUCUGUUACAUAAACUAAUUUCCAGCUCCUUGACCCCCCAGGUCAGUUUGACAGAAGGAUAUACUUUGUUAUAAGUUAUUAUUUUGUUCUUUGUAAAUACAAGAUGUUUAUAGGAAAUGUGUAUUCUGAACUUUAUGGGCAGAAUGAGUCACUACACCAAAAUAGUUCUAUUAUUUAGAAUAUGUUAAUUUUAAAGGGACCUAAUAGGUAUUUAUUUACAUAUACAAUCCACAUUUGUGUAAAAUCAUUUGAUCCUACUAACCCAGCUUCCUGCAAAGUUGCGACACGACGUCCUAAGUUCAUAGUUACGAUUUAGUAUACUGACUAGCCAAAUUCUUUGGGUUUCAAGAUCGAAUAUAAAUUACUCUGCUUUUCGACUCGUUCAGGGGCUCUUACUCCUGGCCUUGUACCUGAAACAGGUCUGUGUGCAUCGCCACCUUUCCAUCGUAAAUAUUAUGUUUGCUCAUAUAAUCUGCCCUCCUCUCGUCAUCCCCAGUUGGAGAAGGAAAUAUAAGGGUCUUUCUCAUCCCUUCUCUUUGUCUUGCCUCCGUCGUAGAAUCACCAACACUAAGUUGCUCGGGAGGCGUGGUCAGAGCAGUGGGUGAGUCAGGGGCCGCUGUCAGGGGCUCUGCUGGGACUGCUGGGGUGGGGGCUCUGGGUUGUCCUGUCACCUACACAGCGAGGAGCAAGGGACCCACUAAAUACUCCACUGCCUCCAUGUCACCCUUAGAGCGUUAAAUUAUUGUUUAAGCAGGUCGGGUGGGGGUAGAAGGUGAAUUCUGUGAGUAAAUGCAGUCUGUUUUCUCUUCAGCAAAAAUGACAACUAUUUUUGUGUAUGACUAAUUUAUUUUUAUGAUUGUAAAAAUACAAUAAACUGGUUAAAUGAUCCGCUUUAA